UUCAUUGAAUUCAAUUUUUGUAUUGCUUGAUUACAAUAGAUUGGAAAAGUUAGUAUUCCUGCUUAAUGUUUAUUAGAUCAAUCUGUCUGAUUUCUAUAGUUUGCCAAAGGGAAAUUGUUGGAAAUUUGAAUUCAUUUUGUACGAAAUAGCACCCGCCCUUUGCACAAUUAACACAAUCAACAUGUGCGACUUGCACACAGCUGUUCGCCCUCCAGUUGGACUUUGACCACCAUCAGGAUUUUGAUUAGCUAACGCAAAGCCUAGCAGGUUCCUCUCGCCCAGAUCAAGAUGAUUCCACGAAACGUCCAAACUGUCCGCAGGAUAAACGUAUUGAAGCGGAUUCUAGCAAGCAGUAACAGUGCGGUAAACGGGAGCAAUUGUUUCGUCGGGUGGCACCGUUCGACUUCGACCAGCGCCACCAUUCGAAUAGACGACGUAGAGAAGCAGAUCCAUCCGCCCAAACAACCCGAGCUGGUUCCCAGUGGUUACGUGAACGUGAAAGCGGAAACGGGCGAAGCGCAGCUGUCCCAAACACGGCUGCAUCACCUGCGUUGGAUGCUACAGAAGGACAACCUGGGCCAGGAUAUGAUCCUGCUCGGACGGCCGGGCAAUCUGAGGAGAAAUCUGAUUAUGCAAUACUCGGAACUAACGCGCCGAGAAGUUGAAUAUAUUCUGCUGAAUCGGGACACCACCGAGAGUGAUCUGAAGCAACGGCGGGAAAUUAAGGACGGCACGGCGACCUACUACAACCAGAGUGCCGUGCGAGCGGCCACCGAGGGGCGCAUUCUGGUCAUCGAGGGGGUGGAGAAAACCGAACGCAAUGUGCUGCCAAUCUUGAACAAUCUGCUCGAGAAUCGUGAGAUGCAUCUGGAGGACGGGAGGUUUCUGAUAUCCGCCAAGAAUUACGACAGUUUGCUGGAGAGAUUCAACCGAGAGCAGCUGGACAAAUGGGGCUUGGUUCGAGUUUCGGAGGAUUUCAGGGUGAUCGCGUUAGGGCUUCCGGUUCCGAAAUACAGAGGAUCGCCGCUAGAUCCACCCCUGCGCUCAAGAUUUCAAGCUCGCGAUGUCAGCGAGUUGCCUUACCUGGAUAUUCUCACGGAAGUGAAGCAGCUUGCGGGUAACAAAAGCCCGGAUGUGCUGACGAAGUUGACAUCGUUUGGAUUUAGUGUUCUCUCGUCGGCUUCGACACUGCCAGAUUUUCCCGUAGACAACCUUCGCUACGUCGGAAUGCUAAUCGACAAUAAUCCGCAUCUUUCCGAGUUCAGUUUACUGAAUCGGCUCUAUCCGUUUCCAGUGUUUCUGGAGAAGGAAGGCGUAAGUCUUACAAUGUCUCUGAUGGAAUCAUUAAAGAUCACUCCAGAGAAAGAGGCUUCCUCGGAAAUAAUAUCCGUUGAGCCGGAUAAUGAAGAUUCGCUUCUGAUAAAUUUGAAAGUCAACUCUCACCCAAUCAGCUUUACCAUACGAAAGUGUAAAUCGGAUGUUCGAAGUCCUCCUACAUCUUACCGGAAGACCAAUUAUCAGCAAAAUCUGCUCGCAGAACUCAUUCAGUCCGCUGCGGUGGGGGAUGUGUGCUUGAUCGGACCCAAAGGUUGUGGUAAGUCAAUUCUGGUGAAUGAGCUCUGCAGUUUGCUGGGUCAGGAGAUAGAAACGAUGGUCCUGUAUCAGGAUAUGACCGCGCGGGAUCUCAUCCAGAAGCGUACAACAAAACUCAACGGAGACACAAUCUGGCAGGAUUCUUCCUUACUGCUAGCUGCCCUGAAUGGUCAUGUAAUCGUGCUGGAUGGAAUCAAUCGGUUGCAUCACAGUACCCUGGCAAUCCUACAUCGACUAAUUCAUGAUCGGGAGAUGCAGCUUUACGAUGGUCGGCGUCUGAUGCGUCACGAUCGGUACGAUCGUCUGCUUGAGAUGGGUUUCACGGGUGAAGAUUUGUCUGCUCGUGGGAUUCUGCGAAUCGACCCAGCGUUUCGCAUCAUAGCAAUGGCCGAGCCUCACAAAAAAUCGGGGGGUACCAAUUGGAUGAACCCGGAAACGUUAAAUCUUUUCCUCUUCCAUGAAAUUCGUGGUCUCAGCAGAGAUGAAGAGUUGAGGGUUAUCGAUUCUUUGUACGGACCACUCGACGAUACGAUGCAUCAAAUCUUGAAAGUGGCACAGUAUCUGCGAGGAGCCCAGGAUACAACGAUGCGGAACCUGGCGGAGAACCUUUCCACCCGGCAGUUGCUCCGAAUCGCUCGUAGGCUUCACGAAUAUGGCGAGCAUCUCUCCGAUCGUAGCGCCUGCAGUAUUCUCCACAAUACAUUCCUCACCAAGUUCAUGCCUAACCUGCCGAGAAGCGUUCUGGAGAACGCCCUCCGAGCGUGCGAUGUCUCGCAGGGAAAAGAGCGGCGACCAGAGGAUGUGGCGAUCUCCACUGACAAUGGCGUUCUCCAAAUCGGAAACACCAGCGUUCCGAUCUAUCAAACCGAAGCGGUUAGCAAAGUGCCGGACAUUGUCUUCUACAACGUCCCACAGCACGUGAAACUCAUGGAGAGGCUCCUGCAGGACUUCACCCUCGGAGAGCAUCUGUUGCUCGUCGGAAACCAAGGCGUCGGCAAGAACAAAAUUGCCGAUCGACUGCUUCAACUCAUGAACCGCCCCCGAGAGUACAUCCAGCUGCACCGAGACACCACCGUACAAUCCUUAACCCUGCAGGCGAGUAUACGUGAUGGCAGGAUCAUCUAUGAAGACUCACCGCUGGUGAAGGCCGUGACCAAAGGUCACGUACUGGUGGUGGACGAAGCAGACAAAGCUCCCAUCCACGUAACCUGCAUCCUGAAAACCCUAGUCGAAAACGGUGAAAUGAUGCUAUCUGACGGACGGAAGAUUUGUCCCCCAUCGAAGACUCCAAGUUCUGAAAAUGACAAACUUAUAUACACCCAUCUCGACUUCCGUAUGAUCGUCCUUGCCAACCGGCCAGGAUUCCCUUUCCUGGGGAACGAUUUCUUCGCUGCUCUUGGCGAUCUGUUCUCGUGCCACGCCGUGGACAAUCCUUCGCCCAACUCGGAAAUCUACCUGCUAAAACAGUACGGCCCUGACGUACCGGACGACACAAUCCGCCAGCUGGUGGACGCUUUCUCCGAGCUGCGCGAUAUGGCCGACAGUGGCAUCCUGAGCUAUCCGUACUCCACCCGUGAGGUCGUGAACAUCGUGAAACAUCUGCAGAAGUUCCCCGACGAUAAUAUGGCGGAGUUGAUCGGUAAUGUGCUGGACUACGAUCGGUACGCUCCGGAGACGCUGGAUCAGGUGACCGGUGUGUUGCUCAAACAUGGACUAGCGAUCGCGCCGUACGCCAAGAAUGAGCUGGCCGCCCUGCGGCGACAGCGAGAGAUUCAGAUGACCGUUCAGGCCAAUAGUGGGAAGGACGUGUCUAGUCCGAAGCACGGAAAGGUCGAUCCGAACAAUGAUCCUCACGUGGGUGGCAAUACGUGGGCGGGGGGUUCCGGUGGUCGGGAUACAGCCGGCCUGGGUGGAAAGGGUGGUCCUUAUAGGUUGGAUUCGGGGCACAAGGUUCAUCAGUUGUCGGACGCUGAGAAGGACGAUAUUCCGGAGCAUGUGAAGCGAGCGGCGCGUGAGAUGAACAGAAAGGCAUUCGAAGAGAAGCUGAAGGAGAUCCAAAUGAGCGGGUACGAUCACAAAGUUUACAUGGAGUUCAGCGGACCAGUGCAGAAGCAAGUUCAGCAGUUACGUGUCAUUUUGCAAGCGCUUCAGGCGAAAAGUAAGGAACGCCACUGGCAGAAGCAUCAAACCUCGGGAGAGAUGGACGACACAAAGCUAGUGGAGGGCAUCACGGGCGAGAAAAACAUCUACAAGAGACGGGUGGAGCAGGAUCCCGAACCGGGACAACCCCAGGAGAAACCGAAGCGACUCAAACUGGUGGUAGACGUUUCCGGCUCGAUGUAUCGAUUCAACGGGUACGACGGUCGACUGGAUCGCCAGCUGGAGGCUGUCGUAAUGGUGAUGGAGGCUUUCGACGGGUUCGAAACCAAGAUAAAGUACGACAUUGUGGGACACAGUGGGGAGGCGGUCGAGAUUCCGUUCAUCAAUGUCAGCAACCCACCGAAGGACGACAAGCGACGGCUGGAGACGAUCAAGAUGAUGCAUGCGCACUCGCAGUUCUGCUGGAGUGGUGAUCAUACGCUGCCCGCUGCACGGAACGCGGUCGACGGAAUGGCUAAGGAGGAGUGCGAUGAAGCCAUUGUGGUGGUGCUGAGCGAUGCGAAUCUCUCACGGUACGGCAUUUCGCCGCGCAAUUUGAACGACAUACUACAGAAGCAAUCCCCGAAGGUGCAGGCGUAUGUGAUCUUCAUCGGAAGCUUGGGAGAUGAGGCACAGUUAAUCACUAACAAUAUGACGGCCGGAAAAAGUUUCGUGUGUAUGAAUCUCGAGCAGUUACCCCAGAUAUUGAAGCAGAUUUUCACUGCCUCUGUGUUGCAGUGAUCGGAGUUUCCUUACUUCAAUUGGUGCUAUGUUUUCCUACUAUUGGGAUUAGAUACAGAGUAUAGGAUUACGGUAAAUUUUCCAUAGAUUUAUAAGACAAAAGUUGAUUAUUAAAAUUGUAAUAA